AUGCAUCAGGUAGAUCUCCCUGUUUCAGAUCUUAGUCAAAACCCUAGAUCUGGAACUACUGUUCCGGCAAACUUCACCGGAUCUGAAAACUACACUGUUCUACCACCCAAAUCAACUUCCCCCAUCUUCACAAAUAAGGCUUCUACCUCAAACCCACUGAGAACUAACCCACCUCCCUCCCAAACUAGCUAUCCCAUUGACCAUCAACCUCCCCCUCCACCUUCCUUGACUCCUAACCCUUCCUUGACCACUACUGUGUCACGUGGAGCAUCUACUUCGAGCAGGACUACUACAACUACUCCUCUCGGCGAAAAAGACAAACCAACGCUUGCUGAAAGACUGAAGCAGUCUACUAGCAGAUCUCUUAAAAGACUAGCUCCAGUCUCCAUUGCGGACUCUGGUCGACCCCGUAUACACAUUCCUGAUGCGGUGUUUGAGAGAGGUGAUGCGUUGCAUAAGGAUUUUAUCAUCUGUUCUUUCAAUGGUAGGCCUCCCUCCUAUCAUCAAAUCCAGAGUGUUCUGAAUCACAUAUGGGGAAAAGGGAAACGUCUUGAGAUCCAUAUGAAUCACAUGACCCGUUCAAUGCUUGUAAGAAUUCCUAAUGAUUAUAUUAGGCAGAAAGUUCUUGAAAAAGGUAUAUGGUAUAUAGGGGACUCAAUGUUUCAUACCUCACCAUGGGCUCCUAACUACUCUUCUGAGACGCCUACACUUGCCUCCAUCCCCAUCUGGAUUCAUCUACUUGAUAUCCCCUUAGACCUGCGUACCACGGAAGGGAUAAGUCUAAUAGCUGGACUAGUAGGUGAGCCAAAAGAAACUGAUCAUUUCACCUUAAACUUGGUCAGCCUAAAGAUAUCUCAUGCGAAGGUAAUUGUGGAUCUCACAAAACCCCUCCCUGAUGUUGUGGAAUACACAAGAGAUAAUGGUCAAGUAGUUGAAGUUAAGGUGACUUACCCAUGGCUCCCCCCAACGUGCUCUUAUUGUAAGGAACUGGGUCACAUUGCAAAGAAUUGUCUUCAGCUCCCUCCUCCUCAAGACUCUCAAAAGGUCACGAUCCCUGGGUCAACAAACAAGGUAGAGAAGACGUCGGUUAGUGCAAAGAAAAAAGGAAAAGGCAAGAUGACUACCUCUCUUACCGUCUCAAAAAUGAGCUCUCUGGUGAUUAAUGAGGGAGGUCUCUCUGCUACUGUCUCCAAAAAGCAACCCUCAGACAACUCCCCCUCAAUCAAUUCCCACAUCUAA